AUGAUCACCGGGAAGGAUACCUCUGAGGUGCUCUCGGCCCUCGUACCCCUCUACGUGGCGAUGAUCCUCGCAUAUGGCUCGGUCCGGUGGUGGAAGAUCUUCACACCCGAUCAGUGUUCGGGCAUCAACCGCUUCGUUGCAGUCUUUGCCGUUCCCUUCCUCAACUUCCACUUCAUCUCCUCCGACAACCUCUACGCCAUGAACCUCCCCUUCAUCGCCGCCGACUCCCUCCAGAAGCUGGUCAUCCUCCUCGCUCUCUUCCUAUGGCAAUGCUUCAGGAGGCACGGCGACCUGGGCUGGACCAUCACGCUCUUCUGCCUCUCCACCCUCCCCAACACCCUCGUCCUUGGGAUUCCCCUCCUCGACGCCAUGUACGGGGACUUCUCGAGGAGCCUCAUGGUCCAGAUCGUUGUACUGCAAGCCCUGGUUUGGUACACCUUGCUGCUCUUCUUAUUCGAGUACCGGGCGGCGAAGGAGCUGGUCUCCGAGCAGGUCCCGCCGGAGCUCGCCCCGGACAUCACCUCCUUUCGAGUCGAAUCCGAUGUCACGUCGCUAGGUGGUUCAGAUCGUCUCCGGGCUGAAACGGAGUUCGGAGAGGAUGGGAAUGUCCAAAUUGUUGUCCAGAGAUCGGCUUCGCAAGGCCAUGAUCCUUGGCACCAGAAGAUGACUCCUUCGGGAGGCUCGCAUGCAUGCAUUGAGGCUGCUACGAAUGAAGGAAGGAUUGGGGAGAUACGAGUGAAAGAUGGGCGCAAGAGCUCGAGCUGCAAGGCUCCCUUGGCAGGGUCGAACCUUGUUGCUCAGAAGAGCAAUGCAGUCAUAGAAACAGGGGAGCAAGGGCAUGGGAACCGCUGCAGUAUAUCUUCUGGGGUCAUGACCAGACCGAUGCUAAUCAUGGUGUGGAGGAAAUUAAUUCGAAACCCGAAUACAUAUGCUAGCAUUAUCGGACUUGUCUGGUCCCUGGUAUCUUUCAGGUGGAACCUUGAGCUGCCGAAGAUAGUAAAAGGUUCCAUAUCUAUAAUAUCUGAUGCUGGGUUAGGGAUGGCCAUGUUCAGCUUAGGUCUGUUUAUGGCCUUGCAACCCAACAUAAUAGCUUGUGGGAAAUCUGCUGCAGCAUUGGCGAUGGCCGUCCGCUACCUGAUGGGUCCGGCGGUGACUGCUGCAACUUCCGCCGCCAUUGGAUUACGCCAUGAUCUUUUGCAUGUAGCAAUCGUACAGGCUGCUCUCCCUGGAGGAAUUGUUCCCUUUGUGUUUGCUAAGGAGUACAAUUGUUAUGCAGACAUUGCUAGCACUUCGGUUGUAUUCGGAAUGCUGGUUGCUCUACCGAUAACCAUUGUCUACUAUUUUCUUCUUGGACUGUAG